AUGGCUGAUCAAUAAAAAUAACAAUAAUGGACAGGUCGUAAAAUAAUUACGUCAGAUAAUGUUACUAAAGGCAUUGUGAAGAAAUUAAAUGAGAAAACCGGAUAAUAUGAAACCAUGAAGGUUGAAAUCCCCAAGUUAACUGUAGCCUAGCAAAUUGAGAAUACUAAGAUGGAAAUUAAUCAAGCAAAUGAGAUCUCAAAAAAAUUAUAUUAAUAAUACAACACACUGAAAGAAUAAGUAACAGGUUUAAGGCAACUUGUCGAUGAAAAAGCUUAGCAAUAUAAAAAGGAAUAAGAAGAAAGAGAAAAAAAUUUAAGGAAAAUGAUAAAAACUAAGGAUUUAGAAAUCAAUAUCGCUUAAAUGACCGAAGAUUAAGUUAAUAAUAGACUAAGUGAACUUGAAUAAGAACUAAAAAGUGCUUCAAAGUUCAAUGAAAUUUUGGCAAAAGAGAAGGAAGUAGCCAAAAAAGAAAAUGAGGCAAUUGAAAUGACCAAAAAUAUUGAAUUGUUACAAACUAAAUUAGAAGAUAAGAGAAAAGAAUUAAAAAUGAUAAAAAAGGAAAAUAUACAACAUCAACGACAAAGCCAAAGCAAUUAGAAAAAACUAGAAAAAAUUGAAAAUGGAACAGACGAAGCUGCAUAGAUUAAUUAAUUAAAUAAAGAGUUAUGUAUGCUUAGAGAAAAAGAAAAUAAAAUAAAUGACAAGAAAAGUAAGUUCUAAAAAAACAUUGAUUUAAUCUAAUAAUCCAUCGAAUUCUAUUCAGAAAAAAUUGAGGAACUCUAAGAUGACAAAAUUAAGGGUUUACAAGAUCUUUAUAAGAAAGCAAAAGCUAAUUGGGAUGAAAAGGAUUAAUAGCUAAAUGAUGAAAAAUUAAAAUCAAAUAAGGAACUAGUUAAGGAAAUAAAAGAAAAGAAAGAUAAAGAUAAAAAAGAAAAAGAAAAAGCUAAGGAGAAAAAAGAAAAAGGUGAUGAAGAAGAUAAAUCCAGUAAGUUUAAGAGAAUUAGUGAUUAUAUUAAAGAAAAAAAAGAUGUUAGCAGCUUAAAAGCUGAUGAACAAAAUUUCAUUUAAUUAUUUUAAUUAAAAGCAGAUUUGUAGAAGUAAAGACAUAAAAAGUAGAAAAAAUUUGAAUAGGAGAAAGAUUAAUUAGAGAGUUCAAUAAAUAAUUUAAAAUUAGAGAGAGUUAAUAUUUAGAAUGCUAUAAAAGAAAGAGAAAGAGAAAAGGAAAUGGCAGAGACUAAAAUGGUUGAGGAGGAGGAAAAAUUAGGUUAGUUAAAAUUAAAGAAGAAAAAUGAAAUUGAAAAAAAGGAGAAAGAGAAAUUAGAAAAACUAAAAAGUAACUAACGAUCUUAAUUAUCCCCACUUAGAGCCAAACAAUAAAAGGAUGUUAUCACAAAAGAUAAAGUGAGAAAAGAAAAGGAUGAGUAAUUAAAAUAAUUCAAAGAAAAAUAUUCAAAGUUACCUAAAGAAAAACAAUAAUAGUUUUUGUAAGAACCAUUUAAACUUUCUUAUCAAGAAUUAGAAGAGAAAAAAAAGCGAUAAUAGUAAAAAUAAGGUGAAAAAGAGGAGAAAGAUAAAGUAGAAGUUAAAGCAUUGAGUAUUAUUGAAACUGUUUGCAGAACCAAGCAUAGAGGAUCUAAGAGGGACUGGUUUGGAUAUGAACCAAAUGAAUAAACUGUUUAAUGUGAUGAUGUUCACAUUUUAGGAUAGUUUUCCAUCAACCAUAGAAUUAAGAAAAUAAUUAUAUAUCAUAAUCCAAAUGAAGGAUUAAUUUAUUUAUUGUGGACAGAAUACAGAAAGGAGGAUGGUACUCUAAUAAGCGGAACUUGGAAUAUCAACUAAGAAUUAUUAGAAAAAAACAAGGAUAUAAAAAGAGAUGAAUUAGACUUGCAAGACAAAGAUAAAAUAAAAUAAAUAAUUGUUAGAAGGGAUAACAAUUUUGUAUCCUUUAUAUAAUUUAAUACUAAAUAAGGAUAGCAGUUCAAAGUUGGAAAGGAAGUGAUUGAAAAAUAGGAAGGAGAGAAACCAAAAGAAAAAAGUGAUGAGUAGUAAGAUAAAAAAGAUGGUGAGGGAUAAGAGAAAAAGGAAGAUCCUGACAAAAGAGAUCUUAAGAUUGAUAAUUUCUCUGUUCUCUUUACUUUAUUUAGUGGAUAUUCUUAGAGAAAUGAGAAAGAAUUAGCAAUGAGUUACUUUGGUUAUGAAAUAGGAAGAAAACUAACAGCAGAAGAAUAUAAUUAGUAUUUACACGAGAAACAAAAGAGAUUAGAGGAAAAAGAGAAAAGAUAGAGAUUGAGAAAAUUAGAGGAGAGUAUGGCUAGUGAUUUAAAUAGAAGCUAAAUCAGAAAGAAAUGA